UCAGUCUCAGUUUCAUUCUGAUUUUUGAAGAAUGAUCAUCUUUCACUGUUUAUUCUUAGAAAUUACUCUGCAUUCUGUAUACACUGGUUAGUUCCCCAGAGUUGGAACAUUCUCCCAGACCAGUGUAGGAGUAUCUACUUUAAUAAUAUCUAAAACACUUUCUGUUCCUGAACCUUGCUAUGAACUCUUCUCGGGGUUGCUGGGAGAUAGCCCGCGCCUAUUCUAAGAAUGCCGGAUUCGGCUGAAGGGACACUAGAAUUCCCAUUUUUUAUAUGCGCGGAUUGAGGGAGAUCUUUAGGAUAAGUAGUCCCUUAUCAUGUCGAGGCACACGAGCCAAAAUAAUUAGGAGUUAUUUUAUCACCCAGCAGAAUUCUAGAGAUAUCGCAUGUAUGAUGUAUGGUCUUCUCCAUUCAUCUCAAUUUCAAUUGGCUGGCUUCCUGGAAGAAAUGCCUAGUCAACCAAGUCCAGUCCACCCCUAUCUAGAAAACGGGAGAACCUGCUUCUCUACAAGAGAGCAGAAUGGAUUCAUUUCAACAAUGUCCCAGGAGGAAAACUAGAAUAACCACAACAUAUCAUGGUAUUCUGACAAACUGCAUCAUAGUUGUGGUUUGCCUGUUAUUCCCAACUCAUAGAUUAUGUUAAAACCCACAAAAAGAGAAAUCAAAGCAAACACAACACAAAAUAGAAGAACUUCUGUGCUGUAGUGUGUCAUUCACUUCUCUCAAACCACCUCAUCACAUAGCCUGUCAUGAGACAACCCUGGCUUGUCUUUCAUUGUGUCUAGACAGUGACAAGCCCAAGAUCCUCAUCAAAGGACAUUUCCAAUAUGGAUGACUCGAUCCCCCUCCCUAUCGGCUACGACACCGUCGUCGGGAAAAUCACCUUGAUAGCCGGGUACGAAAAUCACAAGGCAAUCUUCCCUCCCAAGGUGGAGGCCGUUCAUAUUCUUGGGAACGUGCGCGACUCAAACAAGGGCGCCCACACGCGCAAUAUAGGGCGCUCCUCCAUGCUUGCCGGGAUCCCCUACUACGUGUUUGGACAGGUAGCCAAUGUCUCAAACGACGGGUAUGCCUUUGGAACCGUCCCCAAUGCAAUAGCCAGAGCCGCGGAGCCGUUCACCGAUCCCCUUCUCACCACGUACGUUUCCAUCGAAGAGAACGGCUACAUUCAUCCGUUCCUCGGGCUGACCGAGAAGGAGGUGAAAUUUGAGCAGGACACUGGUCUGAAAGUUAUCAUCUCAAUCCAAGGAGGGAUCUGUGAGGGGGAACUGGGCAGUGGCAAGGGAUGUGUCUGGUAUCAGAAAUUGAUUCGUGAGAAGAAGGACGGGGUCACUAUUCGCAAUUAUUACCAGGGAACCGGGGUGGCACCGGUGAAGGUAGAUGGUGUGACUGGGGAGCUGCUCAACAAGCGCGUCCUAGGCGAAGCUAUCCUGUUUGAAAAACAUGAGCCCGCCUUUGGUACAUUCUGUUCUGUGAUGCAUAACCAGUGGUACUACCUGUGGGGCAGAUACUGCGAGGACAUCUAUCUCGCCAGAGUUUCGCUGCUCCACCCCUUCGAAAGGGAAUACUACCAGUUCUGGAAUGGGUAUUCAUUCACAGGGGAUAUCAAGAUGAUAGCCCCUGUGCUGACAGGAUAUGCCCACGGGACGAUCUACAAAACCCAGCUCUUUGGUCACAACUAUCAGUGGGCCUUUAUUGGCAGCACCGACUGGAACGAUUCCGCUGUGAUGAUGGGCGCGGCAAGUGAGCCACAGGGACCCUUUGAAAUCACUCAAAUCGCCAGUGCAGAAAACUUGCUAGACACUGGAGCAUUUUCUGAUUGCGUCUACGCUCAUCAAUGGGCUUAUAACGAGACCGUUGGCGAGGUUCUUGUGAGCUGGCGCGAAAAAUGGCCUGGCGGAAUCAUCGGGGCAAAAUUCCAAUUGCAAAUGCGUGAGUAGAUACACCAGUACAUAACUAGUGUUGGAUAAAUGACCAGAACAAUACUAAUUUUGAACCUAUCAAAAGUCCAUCAAGGAGCUUUCUGGAAGGACAUCUCGCUCGAUGAUGUCCAAAGUAAGUCAUCAGCCAUAUCCCUCUCAACCUUGAAGUAUCAAGAUCAUUAACUAGGGCAAUUUUGCUUUAUAGCUUGCAUUUCGACUCUUGCGAAAACCCGCAAUGAGCUUGUGGAUAUUGCCAGUGCGCAUGGCGUGUUUUGUAAGGGAUAGCUUUUCAUAUGGCAUAAAAACCACCCGACCCAUUUCAAACCAAAAGCAAAUGGAUAUCUGUCCAACAGAAAAAUUCUAACAAACCAAAACCCACCCUCUAGAUGAGCUAGACAGCAAGGGAUUCGGCAAAGUCAACAUCAGGUUGUUGGGUGGAUCCGCCAAAGCCGUCGACGACGCCGCGCUCGAGAUUUGCAAACAGGUCGAAACCUGGGCUCGACAAGCACUGGGUCUCGAGGAACGGGAGGCCAAAAAGACAUUCAAGAAUGCUUUUGGGCUCAUGAAACGCAAAAACAAGGGAAAUAAUCAGAGCAAAGAGAAUGAGGACACUUCUGCUUGAAGUUAUUGACACACUCUGGGAAACAAGAGAGGCUCUGAGGUUUUUGCAUGGAGGAUUUUACGAAAUUAUGGCAUUGUUCCUUUUUUCUUUCUUUCUGUUUUCUGUCUUCCCAAUGAUCGGACAAGUAACGUAAUUCUUAACGAAUGGAAAAGAGCAGGCAGGGUAGGCUGGGUUGUUUAACGGCGCAAUGAACGAGCAGUGUUUCCUUUUCUUUUUAAUGAAAGGGUUAGCCGCGCAUUACUAAUCAAGGUGGCAAGAGGGUCUACGAUUUUG